AUGACACUUUGGUACUUAUCAAAUAAUGAAACAUUUCGGCAGCUGGGUGAUCGCUUUGAUGUAGCACGUGGAAAUGCUUGCAGGACAGUUCAUUAUCUUAUAGAUAUUAUAUGUACAGUGUGUGAUGAUUUUAUUAUUUGGCCAAAAGGAUCAAACUUAAUAAAUGUAGCAAAUAGUUUUAAUACAUUAAGGGUCAAUAAUUUUCCCAAUGUUAUUGGCGCUAUUGAUGGAUGUCAUAUUCGAAUUACAGUACCUCUGAAUAAAAGAAAAGACUACACAAACAGGAAGAUGUUUCAAUCAAUAGUCCUUCUAGCUGUUUGUAAGUCAAAUCUUGAAUUUACCUAUGUAUUUGCUGGAUGGCCUGGGUCUUCUCAUGAUGCACGUGUCUACAGAAAUUCUACUCUUGGUAAAUGUUUGACAGCCGACGAUUGUACCUUAUUUCCCACAGAAUACCAUAUUUUAGGAGAUUCAGCUUUUCCUUUGUCAAAAAGACUCUUGACCCCCUAUCGCCAAAGAAAAAUUUUGACACCGACUCAAGCUAUCUACAAUAAAAGAUUAAGUUCAACAAGGGUAGUAAUAGAGCAGGCAUUUGGACUAUUAUUAGGUCGUUUCAGACGUUUGAAGAGUGUGUGUAUGAAAAAUGUGGAUAAUAUAUCGAAAGCUGUAACUGCUUGUUGUAUAUUACACAAUAUAGCUUUAAAUAAUGACGAUUAUACUUGGGUACCAAUUGAUUCAACCACUGAUACAAUUAGGAAUGAAUUUGUCAAUGACGGUUUUAACAAUCAACAAGACAUAACUGGUAUUAAUAAAAGAAACAGUUUAGCAAGUUUGUAA